ACACGAGCGCACGCAGCACGAAUACCCGCGAUAGCCGCGAGAUCCUGCCGCCCAGCCCCUGCCUGCGUCCCACCUCUACUCUCGAAAGGACCGACUGAAGAAAUGGCCGCAGUAAACCGACGUUGGCAGGGUACCUGUCUGUCCUCUCCGCCCUCUUCGUCGGGCGAGAGCUCGGCGGAUUCCCAGGAGGCCAGCCCCGUCGAUUCGAGGCCCGCUUCACCGCGAGGCUCCCAUUCUUACGACACGCUGAACACGAGCCCGGCACGACACCCGAGCCCUCCGCCGGGAUGGUGCCGCAGCCCCGGAGUCGUGUCUCCCACCCACAGUGUCCCCGAGUUCCUCUGCGCCGGAGGCACCGGUGGCGGGGCUUCGCCGGUGUCCCGCUGGGCGCUCGCGUCGGCCGCCAUGCCGGCCACAGGACCUGCGCGGGCCAAGAGCCCGUUCUGGGUGACGUCGGUCGACAGUGCGUGCGGGCAGCAGCAGUCCAAGCAGCACAUCCAGCUGGCCGCCGCAGGAGCCGGCGAGGCGCAGCAGAUGGAGCGUGACCGGGAUAGCGUCACCACAGAUGAUCACGACGUCACAGAUUCCAGCCUCGUCAUGUGA